GAAUUCAUGAGUUACGCACCUUUUCAUAUAAUGUCCAUCUCAUUCAAAUUUUUUUCACAGGAGGUCGCGUUGAAAUUCGCCGCCGCCCAAGAAGCGCUGAGCGAAACUCCUAUCCAACUUCACCACUAUGUGACAACGCCACCUCUCCGUUAUUCAUUCAGAAAUAUGCGUUCACAAAACUCAACGGUCCGCUUGAUAACAUGGAACAGAAAUCACCUUUACCGCUAGUCUCACGUAACGCAUUGGAUGAGCGUCAAUACGCGACCAUUAUCGAGGAGUUACGCGUUAUCUCAUCAAGAGUUAAAAAAGAGGAAAUGAUGCAUGCUCAACGUGCUGACUGGAUGUUUGCGGCAAUGGUGAUAGACCGUGUGUGCUUCGUCACCUUUUCCGUUUUUCUUAUACUUUGUACACUCGUUCUUUCCUACCGAGCACCACAUAUCUUUGCAUAA